AUGAAGUUGGUCCAGUUUUGCUUUCUCUUCUGUUGCUGGACAGCAAUCUGCUGCAACUGCUGCGAGCUGACCAACAUCACCAUCACGGUGGAGAAAGAGGAAUGUGGCUUCUGCAUAAGCAUGAACACCACAUGGUGUAAGGGCUACUGCUACACCCGGGAUCUAGUGUACAAGGAUCCAGCCAGGCCCAACAUCCAGAAAACAUGUACCUUCAAGGAGCUGGUGUACGAGACGGUCAAAGUGCCUGGCUGUGCUCACCACGCAGACUCCCUGUAUACGUACCCAGUAGCCUCUGAAUGUCACUGUGGCAAGUGUGACAGCGACAGCACUGACUGCACCGUGCGAGGCCUGGGGCCCAGCUACUGCUCCUUCAGUGAAAUCAAAGAAUAA